CAGGGAGUGGUGGUCUCUCAGUCUCUGCUCUGUGACCUACGACUCUGUUAUCGUGGAUUUUCAUUUCAUUUAUAUAUCUUUUUGUAUGUCUCAUAUAUAUUUGUUGUCCUUUUUUUCCAUUUUUAUUAUCUUUUGAUUUUAUAUGUAUAUCUUAAGCAGCGUUUUGUGAUUUGAUAAGACAUGACCUAGCUGUCGCCCCAACAUGAAAGCAACAGCCAUGAAAAGCAAGUUCUUUGCCCUUACUCUGACUGCCACUGCCUUCGUCUUCUUGACCAAACUGAGCAUCUUCACCGCCAGCCCAGUCCAGUCAAGCACAGGGUCAGCCACGGACAACAUUAUCCGAGUGACCUUUGACCCGAAAGGAGCCAAAGAGGGAGACGAAGAAAGCACACAGAGGGAAGGGGUAGGAGGAUACACAGGGACACGCCAGAGCCCGAUUUUAAGGAACCGAAACGCAACACGGAAAUCAGAAAAGCCACGGCGGUUCCCCACUUCUGCACUUACCCUCUCCAGCGGCGCCGCCCUUCGGAACAUAGACUUUAGUACCUACAGCCCGGAGGACCGCGCCAUCCUGGAGAGCCGCGCGUUCGUGUUGGCUGAGCGCGCGCGCGCCGUGGCUCGAGUGUGCCAGGCGACGCCGGCGAGCAAGGGCGAGCUCGAGGCUGGCAAUUUCAUCUGGGAUCUGAAGCACACGCCCAGCAUUGUGUGGUGUCCGAUUUACAAGGUCGCCUCCACCACUUGGCUCAGGAACUUCCUUCGCCUCGCCCACUUCAACGAGGACAACCCCAAGAUUCCCGAGGAUCUCCCGGAGAAGAGGAGGGAAAAGAGGAGAUUUCUGCCGAGAUAUGGAGCAACCCACAACACGGCCUUCGAGAUGUACCACAGCCCCGCCGCGCUCGAGGAGAGAGACCAGGCACUAAAGAGCAGUGCCAGGGUCAUCAUCGUCAGGCACCCGUUUACCAGACUCCUCUCCGCGUACCGCGACAAGAUAACCAAGGCAAACCCACACCCUAAGAAGUUUAAGUUUAAGGAGCUCCAGGUAUACAUAGUGGCUAAAUACAGGAAGAGUCACAGUGCUGAUGCCUCGCCCACUCCGACCUUCCCAGAGUUCGUCCAGCACGUUAUCGACUCCACGGAGAAUUUGUCGAGCGCUGCUGAGUGGAAGGAAAACGUUAAAUGCUGGACGCCCUACUGGAUUCACUGCAACGUCUGCCACUUGGACUACAACGUUAUAAUGAAACUCGAAAGCAUAGAACAAGAUGAGCAGUUCCUCAUUACACUCUCUCACCUCGAAGAACUCAAGAACAGAACCAGCUGGGUCCAUCUAAACGGCGCUUCAUCGUCUCAACUUGCAAUGCAAUAUUACAAGGAAUUAACACGUCACCAGAUGUUACAGCUUUACAAACGUUACGAACUUGACUUUAAACUUUUCCAGUAUGAUAUAAAUGAUUACUUGGCCAUUGCAAAGGACGCGUGAGAAUGACGUGGAUUUUCAUUGCAUGUGAAUGUAAGCAGUGGAGAAU